AUGACACUUGGAGACACUUGGAAGAUACUUGGGAGACACUUGAAGACACUUGGAGACACAGUGGCUGGCUCAUCAGAAGCGGACGCGGUGCCAGUGCCAGAGGAGCAGCCGUCGUUGCCCCGUGCCAGUGCCAGGGGAGCAGCCCGUCGUUGCCCGUGCCAGUGCAGGGGAGCAGCCCGUCGUUGCCCCGUGCCAGUGCCAGCCCGUCGUUGCCCCGUGCCAGUGCCAGAGGAGGAGCCCGUCGUUGCCCCGUGCCAGUGCCAGGGGGAGCCCGUCGUUGCCCCCCAGUGCCCGUCGUUCCGUGCCAGUGCCAGAGAGAGGCCGUGCCACCCCGUCGUUGCCCGUGCCAGGGGAGCAGCGUCGUGCCCCGUGCCAGUGCCAGGGAGAGCCGUCGUUGCCCCGUGCCAGUGCCAGAGGAGGAGCCCGUCGUUGCCCCGUGCCAGUGCCAGAGGAGCAGCCCGUCGUUGCCCCGUGCCAGUGCCAGAGGAGCAGCCCGUCGUUGCCGUGCCCAGUGCCAGGGAGCAGCCCGUCGUUGCCCCGUGCCCAGUGCCAGGGGAGCAGCCCGUCGUUGCCCCGUGCCAGUGCCAGAGGAGACCCCGUCGUUGCCCCGUGCCAGUGCCAGGGAGCAGCCGUCGUUGCCCCGUGCCCACAGGUCGGCAGGCGGAGGCGCGGCGCACUCCACUCCACUCCACCGUCCACCGUCCACACAGAUUCCUGAGCACGCCUUUAGGCCUAGCACUCCACUCCACUCCACCGCCACCGUCCACACAGAUCCUGAGCACGCCUAAGGCCCUAGCACUCCACUCCACUCCACCGCCACCGUCCACACAGAUCCUGAGCACGCCUAGGCCCUAG